AAGUGCCAGUGAUUGUCUGCCCCUCCUGGGCAUUUCAGGUCAAAAAAGACUCAAGUCAGUUUACAACUAAUAAUAAUAUUAUCAGCCACACUGUGAUGAGGAGCAGGUUCAAUGCAGCGAUAAAAAGGAUGCUUGGCUGAAAUGAAGCAUCAGUGACCUUACAGGCCUUCAUGUGCACCUCAUGUUCUCAGUUCUGAUUUGGGGAACCUGGCUGACGGCGGUUCGCCAGACCAUCUGCGCUGCUUAAAGUGACCUUGGGUCUGUCAGCAUGUGGAAGGAAGAGCGCUCAGCGGCGUCCCCCUCCGCCGGUGCGCUGACAGGUUGUGCCUGCAGCAGUGGGUGUCUCCCGCCCUUUUGUCCAUUGUCCGCAGCGUGCCGCCCGGCCAGUGGUCCGGCCCGUCACGUGUCGCCGUGCGAGCAGGGGGCCAGGAGGCGACGAGGAGCUGACCAGGUGCUCCGCCGCCUGCACAGUCGUGCGCAGUCUGUCAUGCUCUCAGCUGAACGCAGGAAGCCGCGCGAAGGGCAGAGAGAAGCUGCGUAAAAGGGCGCAGGAUGCUGAGGUGCUGGAACGGUUCGGCCGGCGGCCUGCAGGACUCUCGGUGCUCGGUGAGACGCUGUUUUUACCCCUCACUUGACCCAACGCGCAGUGAAACGGCUGAAUCUUUGCACAAACAUGAAUGCUGUCACACCUUCUCCCCUGUCCAGGAUGGGGGCUCAGCGUCGUCCCCCCAUUGUUCUCACCGGGCAUUCUGGGGUGGUCUCGCUGCAGUCCUGCUUGUGGCUGUCCUAGUGCUCAGUGUCACCGGGCAGAUAAGGUUUAGAGCUGCUCACCAGCAGUUUGAUUUACAGGUGAUCAGGAUAACGGCCCCUGAUAGGGCUGGAAAUGUGAUCGAUCAGUCAGCGACGGUGGACCAGCGUAAUGACGUGGUGACUUACAGCGUGACCUCUCACACCAACCACACCUCCACCGUGCUGUUCGACAUUAAACACGGAGUGAUAUGUUACAAACCUGAUGGACAGAACACCUGCUUUCUGCGCAAAAUGGAGCAGGACGACUAUGACAACAUGCACAGCCUUCUCAACGAGUCACAGCGGAAGGUCAGUCACUUUCGGUUGGUGGGGAAUGAGACCCUGAGACACACCGAGCUGCUAGAGGUCCUGGGUGGUCAUCAUGUAGACGCCUCCACUCUCCGCGAACCCCUGCAGUCCCUCUGCCUUCACAGCUCCAUCUACUGGGUUCGCAAAGCUGACGGUCCAGCAAAACAAAGAUUAAUUUACUUCUGCAUAGAUAUCUGCUUCCCCAGCAAUGUGUGUGUGUCUGUGUGCUUCUACUACCUGCCUGAGUGAGAAGCAACUCGGAGCCUGCAGCCUGUUUCCUCCCAAGAGCAAACAUCGCAUUACAGCUGAGCCAUUCUCCUGAAAGGAGGCGAGACCUUCUCUUCACCUUUUAUACUGUUUUGCAGUCAAAUUUGAAUGAGAAGACUCUUUAAGGUCUCCGUUUCUUGUAGCCUGCAGAUAACUUAAGGAAUUUGUCAUCUGCAGCUCUGACUAUCCAAUAAAGUGCCACUAGGAAAUGUGCUGCACUCUGAUGACAUUAUCAUUAACUGCUCAUCCAAUGUAGGAUCGCGGCGGUUGAGAGCCUGUCCUAGAGGUAUAGGGCAUAAGACAGCAUCCACCCUGGAUAGAGCAAGUCAGUCACACAAUGAUACAGUCACACAAUAAGGGCAAUUUGGAGUCUCCGGUGCACUUGAAUCAUACUUUCAAGCAGCGCUGCAUCUCUGGA